AUGUUGCCCCACUAUCAGUACGAACACUACUAUGAUCAACUCUGCGAGUGUUGUGAAAACGAAAUGGUGUCACAAGACGAACGCCUCGAAGAAGGGGGUGAAUGCAAGAAAUGUCACAAGACAAUGUGUGAGGACUGCCGCGAAGGGGAACUGUGUGAUGAAUGCGAGGAGACGAUUUGUGACAAUUGUGCUGGAUCUUGUGAAUUUUGCCCUAACGUGAAAUUUUGCGAGGACUGCCUUGGGGAGCACAAGCAGGGCUGUUCUCGUUUGACGCGAGCCGAACGCAAGUUGGAAAAGCUAAACGAAAGCGUGGAAAGUAAGAAGUGGGAACAGGCUGACCUAAAGCGACGCUUGAAAGAAAUCAGUCAAGAACUCGACGAUGCCAAUGAGGAAAAGGCAAAUGCCGAGCUCAAACUGAAGAAGCUGCGCCAACGAGCGCACUAG